AGUCUUAGGGGGUCUUAAAUUUUCGGCUAUGGGCACCCUAGGCGGGUGGCCUCGGCUUUUGCUGCCGUCGCCGCUACCACAACCGAGCACCUAUUUUUGGGGUCCUGUGUAAGUUCCGGCCGGUCCGGACCUACCCGUGGAGUGGGAUGGACAGGUUGCGCGACCAAGUCCCCUGCAGUCGGCAGGAGUAUGGGGCGGAGUGAUGCACGCCGUGCGCCCAAUCUGGUUCUACUCAUCGGAGACGUAGCUUCGGACCGCGCGCUGGCAGGAACUGCUUUCCCGAGCCGGGAGCCCCCUUCCCGGGGUUGGAGCUACGCCACGCAGCUAGCCAGAGGUCCCCAAGGACGGAGUCAAAAGAUCCGUGAUGCCUCCAGCCUACCUCUCUCAAGAUGGAGGGGAAGCCUGCAGAAGAGCCUACUCUAGUGGUGCCUAAAGUCAAAUUCUCCAGCAAGGUAGAAAACACAGGACACUGGGUGGUGGAAGAUCAUGCUCGAAUAUGGGAAGUUUUAAAGACAGAGGAGAGCUCGAUUCAGGACUGGGGUGAAGAGAUAGAGGAAGGAGCUGUUUACCAUGUCACCCUCAAAAGAGUCCAGAUUCAGCAGGCUGCCAAUAAAGGAGCAAGAUGGCUAGGGGUUGAAGGGGACCAGCUGCCUCCAGGACAUACAGUCAGUCAAUAUGAGACCUGUAAGAUCAGGACCAUAAAAGCUGGCACCCUGGAGAAACUUGUCGAGAACUUGCUGACAGCUUUUGGGGACAAUGACUUUACCUAUAUCAGCAUCUUCCUGUCAACCUACAGAGGCUUUGCUUCUACUAAAGAAGUGUUGGAACUGCUGCUGGACAGGGUGUAUGAUUCACAAAAGUUGUAUGCUUUGACUAAGAUCAACCAGUUGAUUAAGUGGCAGGUCUGGUGUUUGAACUCAGGUUCAGCUAACACCGAGACCAGAGUCUGCUACCCAGGGCUUUUGAUCUUAGACCUGCCGUCUCAGAGAAUAUGGGGAUCUCAGCUGCUUCUGAUGAUCUCCUCCUACGCUUGCCUACAUCAGAGUAAAGAGCCGGCAGAGGUAUCUCAAAAUGUCUUUAUUGACAUUGUGUUGUUGAAGUCACAACUGCUUGGUAUCAGGAGCAGCAGUGCCAUCGCGUCAAUCCUAAGGGCCUGGCUUGACCAGUGUGCAGAAGACUUCCGGGAGCCGCCUCACUUCCCCUGCUUACAAAAACUGCUGGAUUAUCUCAAAAGGAUGAUGCCAGGCUCUGACCCAGAAAGAAGGGCGCAGAAUCUUCUUGAGCAGUUUCAGAAGCAAGAAGUGGAAACGGACAAUGGGCCUCCCAGCUCCAUCUCCUUCAGCCUGGAAGAGGACGAAGAGCCGGAGGGUGCAGGGCCAGUGGAGUUCACCUGCUUCUCAGAAGAUCUUGUGGCAGAGCAGCUCACGUAUAUGGAUGCACAACUAUUCAAGAAGGUCGUUCCUCACCACUGCCUGGGCUGCAUUUGGUCUCAAAGAGAUAAGAAGGAAAACAAGCAUUUGGCUCCUACCAUCCGUGCGACCAUCUCUCAGUUCAACACCCUUACCAAAUGCGUGGUCAGCACUGUCCUGGGCAGCAAAGAACUCAAGACCCAGCAGAGAGCCAAAAUCAUUGAGAAGUGGAUUAACAUUGCUCAUGAAUGUAGAAUUCUAAAGAACUUUUCCUCCUUGCGGGCCAUCGUUUCAGCGCUGCAGUCUAACUCCAUCUAUCGCUUGAAAAAGACCUGGGCUGCCGUCCCAAAGGACCGAAUGCUAAUGUUUGAAGAACUUUCAGAUAUCUUCUCAGACCAUAAUAACCAUCUGACCAGCCGGGAACUACUGAUGAAGGAAGGAACUUCCAAGUUUGCAAACCUGGACAGCAGUGUAAAGGAAAACCAGAAGCGAACCCAGAGGCGGCUGCAGCUCCAGAAGGAUAUGGGUGUGAUGCAGGGAACUGUGCCCUACCUGGGGACCUUCCUGACCGAUCUGACCAUGCUAGACACUGCUCUUCAGGACUACAUUGAGGGAGGACUAAUUAACUUUGAAAAAAGGAGAAGGGAAUUUGAAGUGAUUGCCCAGAUAAAGCUCUUACAGUCUGCUUGCAACAGCUACUGCAUGACCCCAGACCCCAGGUUCAUCCAGUGGUUCCAGCGGCAGCAGCUGCUCACGGAGGAGGAGAGCUAUGCCUUCUCCUGUGAGAUCGAAACAGCAGCGGAAGCCAGCACCACCUCACCCAAGCCUCGGAAGAGUAUGGUGAAGAGGCUCAGCCUCCUGUUUCUGGGGUCUGACCUCAUCACCGGCAGCACUCCCACCAAAGAGCAGCCCAAGUCCACCGCCAGUGGGAGCUCUGGGGAAAGCAUGGACUCCGUCAGUGUGUCCUCCUGCGAGUCGAACCACUCCGAGGUGGAGGAGGGCUCUAUGACCCCGAUGGACACCCCGGAUGAGCCUCAGAAGAAGCUCUCCGAGUCCUCCUCCUCAUGUUCUUCCAUCCACUCCAUGGACACAAAUUCCUCAGGGAUGUCGACCUUACUCAACCCCCUCUCUUCCCCGCCACCCUGUAGCAACGACCCUAAAAUCCAUAAGCGCUCCGUCUCUGUGACGUCCAUUACCUCCACAGUACUGCCCCCCGUUUACAACCAACAGAACGAAGACACCUGCAUCAUCCGCAUCAGCAUAGAGGACAACAAUGGCAACAUGUACAAGAGCAUCAUGUUGACAAGCCAGGAUAAAACCCCUGCCGUGAUCCAGAGAGCAAUGCUGAAGCACAAUCUGGACUCAGACCCCGCCGAAGAGUAUGAGUUGGUGCAAGUCAUCUCAGAAGACAAAGAACUUGUGAUCCCAGAUUCAGCGAAUGUCUUUUAUGCCAUGAAUAGCCAAGUGAACUUUGAUUUCAUUUUGCGCAAAAAGAACUCAGUGGAAGAACCAGUGAAAUUGCGUAGCCGGACCAGCUUGACGCUGCCCAGGACAGCUAAACGGGCUUGCUGGAGUAACAGGCACAGCAAGAUCACCCUCUGAGCAGGGCACCAGAGACCCCGGCUCAUCCAAAGCAGAGUCAGGCUGAGAACAAGCCUGGUGAUUGCUACUACCAUCCAGUGUUAGCGGGUUAUUGGUGAAAUCAAUGGAUAUUUAUUGAGUACCUGUGGUGUACAAAGCAGUAUGUGGAAAUGACUUCAACAUGAAAAGGACAAAUGAUUUACUGAUCCUCUUUGACUUUUUUGAGACUGAGAUACAAAACUAUCCACAUUUUAUAUAUAUGCACACAUAUUUAGUAUAUAUACAUAUAUGUAUAUGUAUAUAUAUGUAUAUAUAUAUGAUAUAUUAGAGAGACUUUAUGGGAUGUUUGGGACUAUGGAAAAACAAAUUUGCACAAUGGCCUGGGAAGUUGAGGUCACUUUUUUAGGGACACAGAAGGAACUGAGAACCUAGUCUUACACUUUCCAAAUAAGUAGAGUCAACCCUAAAAGUAUGGAAUGUCUUUUGUGUCAGUAUUACAAGAAAUCUAAGCUUUAUUUUUCUAAAGAGAGAGGAUUACUUUCUCAAUCAAGUGCCACCACAUUAAACAACUGCAGAGGUUGGAACUGCCACUGGCUGAAUGAAAGACCACUUUGGGAAGGGUCUGGAUGAGUCAGUGGCCUCUGACCUCUGUCUGCAUCUGCUGAUUUCUGCUCCCAGGGAGGGCCAGGAAGAGCCCCAGAGGCCCCUGCGGGCCCCCACUGUUGCCAUCACAACAUCUCUGGAGUUAACACAAGUCUGUUUGAUUUCUGGCAGCCCUGUUGUUUCUGUUUUAUCUCCUAAAGAACAUAUCAUAAUCAUUCUUGCACAAAAGCCAUGCUCUUUGGUAACUUAUCAGCCAGAAAAGAAAACACAAAAGAACAGUGACUCAUUUGGACUCCUACCUGUCUUGAAUGCCACUACUUUAUGGCCUUCUCUGAUUUGCCUUUUGCAUGUAAACCUGUAUGUCUGGAGUCUUCUGCCAUCUGGAUCCUAGUCCCUCUAUAUUAUGUGCAAUUUGUUCCUCAGGUGUAGAAAGUUCUACUGAGAUUGAUUACAUUUGAUUAGUUUGAGCCUGUGAGCUCCCUGUUCCAGGCCCUGCAGAAGACAUUCCCUGUGAUAGCAACAUCCACUUUACUUUUAUAGUGCUCUGGUGCCUGGUCCUGGGAAUAGAAGCAGGAGUGCAUACUUUAUCUAGCUCUUUCACAAAGAGGUACAUUCUUCCAGAUGGCGUCAAUAGUGUUCUUUUUUCAGCGCCCAUAUUUGCUAUCAGUGUCACUGUUCAGCGACAUUUCUGUCUCUAGUAACACCAUCGUACUCUCCCUUCUGCAUCUGAGCUAUGCUGGGGUUUGAACUAAAAAGCCAUAGGUGGGACACUGACAUGUAAGAAGCACUUUCAAAUUGUAAUUUCUUCUUAAGAAAAGAAAUCCCCAAAUAUCAGUUUUUAUUCCAAAAAUAAAGACAAUAAACCCAGAAAAAAGAGCAGGUUAUAAUGUGGAGCUUUUGUCCCUCUGCUCUUGUAUUACAGCUCCCAAAGGUUGGGUGGGAUUUUUGUUAUAUAAAGAGCUGUAUGAAUUCUGCAAGAAACACCAGGAAAUGUAUAGAGAUUUGUGUUGAUGGACCAAAGAGUGAGCCAGGAAGGCCUCAGAUGUCCUUGGUCUUUGUAGGAGAUCGGGCUGUGUUGUAUAGAGUGACUGGGUUUCAACUAGCCAAAAAGCACUUUGUUCUGUGAGCCCCUUUUGAUUUGUGCUUCUGUGCUUGGGAGAAGAGAUGCCCAGGGUCUCAGCCAUCAGGAAGAUUGAAGGAAUGUAGCCUCGAGCUGACUUUCUUGCUAUGAAGGUCACAGCGAAAAUGUAAAACUAUCGGUCUCAUUAAGGGUGUGCUACCAAGACAUACCUGUUGUGCCCAUGUGCUCACCCUGUGUAUUUAUACUGUACAUGUAGAUCCUAGAUUUAUAUACUGCAUUGUAAAAAAUAUAUUUACCUUUUUUAAAAAGACAAUGGAAAUUCCACGUAGAUGAAACAUGGCCUCAUUUAUUUAAUGCCACUUUACUUGUCUUAGAUUUGCUUAAUGGUGGACAGCAGGGCAGUGUUUCCAGCUGUUUGCAUGCUUGUCUUUUUUGCAUCCCCCUCAUCUGUUUAUCCUUUGGUUAAACUAAUAAACUGGUUUGGGACUUGGUUGGCAUGUGCUGCCAGACCCAAAGGGACUGUAUCUGGAGUGUUCAUCAGUGGGGCUCUGGGUUCCAGAAAGGUUGGUAAGCCUUUCGUGAGCCCACUUGGUAUCAGAUGGAGGGAGCAGUUGGAAAGCCAGCAGCAGCGUGGGAGAGAAUGGUCCCCAGCAGCAAGUGUCCCGAGCAUUUAGGGGGAAGAAUGAAGACUCAGGAGAUAGCAACAGAGGUGGUGCCUUGCUGGGGUGCUAUUCUUAGGAGUCACGUACUGGGGAUGUCCUUAUAAAAUCCACCUUAGAAAGAGGAGCCAAGAUAGUAGUACUCUCCCUUCUUUCUGAGCUAUGUUCCCAUUUGACAGUAGCUGCCCACGUGAUCAUCUUGCAACCUUCUAUGGUUCUCCAGAAGCCAGAGAGUGGGGAAAGGUCUUCCCAAAAGGCAUUCAGGCUGAAUCUGACUUUACUCAACACAGUGUAUUGUCUUUCUGUACUGUUUCCAGAAGUUACCCAGAAUUAUCUUCUGAUGGAUUACUAAAUGAGCCCAAACUAUUAACAUUUUGUGUUACAUUUGGGAGAUACUGAUGGAAAUUUAGGGGGAGAGAACUAGGCAUUUUAAUGGUAAUUGACACUGUGGGUUGGAGCAGGAACAGAUUUCUAUCUCUGCUGAUGGUUCACUGUUUUUUCAAGACCAUCCUAGAGCACCGUUUCCCUAGUCUUGUCUCUAUCCAGAAACGGGGCUUGGUGACUUUUGCCAGAGGUAAUGAUGCAUUUAGAUUUCCUUCUUUGGAGCAUUUCCACAUUCUUCCUGCGGCACCAGGCCAUCAGGAAGCAGAUAGUGUUGCUGACAUGCUCCUGCUUCAGUGAUGUUGAGAAGUUCCUGAUGACAACGCUCUUCUACAGAUGCCUACGGUUCUUAGGUCGUGUUUUCCAUCACUGUUCCCCUAGAAUCUCUCUUAAAUACCUCUGCAAGGGAUGUGUCAAGUUAGGCUAGGCUACAUUGAAGCAACAAACCAAGUAAUUUAGACUAGGUUUUAUUUUUACAUUACAGUGCCAGUGUCCUAUCAUGUCAGGCAAGUCUCUGGAGGCUUUUCUGUGACAGUGGUCCAAGGGUCCAGCUGGCUUUCGUCUUGUAACUCUGCUGUCUCAGCUUUUUCUUACAAGUCACAGUGUGGUAUGAAAAGCACAAAGUCACCCUGUUCUGCUCAUAUUAGACAAGUGACACAUGCCUCCAUUCAUAGUCCAUAGUCCAUAGCCUGUGACCCCAGUGUGAGUUCAGGGGCGAUGGGAAAUUUAGAGCAUUUGGGUACCUGGUGGGCCUAGCAGUUCCUAUCUCUUGAGAUUUGUGUAGUAUGAAGGAACAGCACUCAUAGACUCUUGUGGUUGGCCUGGGGAAGUCAUGUCCUCAAGCCCCUGACCUCCCACCUGGGUGAGCAACUAAAUGUCUACAUGUGAGUUGGAAAGCUGAGAGGUGGCCUUCCCCACAUGGACCUGCAGCACCCUUGGGGGGGGGCUCAGCCUGCUGCUUAUCUGGGGAAAGACGGACACAAGGAGUUGGAGGGUGGCCAGGAUUCCUGCAGCUUGCUCUCCUACUGUGGUCCAAAGUAGUUUAUGGAGACAGGCAUGUGGAGCUUGUGCAGUAUCCCUAGCAGGCCUGUGGGUUUUGUAAUGUAGACCAGUUUUUAUGCAAGGACAGCCAGUAUGAAGCCACCAGGAGCUACAGCACCUCCUUCAGAGCCAGAGGGAUGCAGUGAUUCUGAGCAGGGCUCACCUUCCUGAAUGCUUUCUCACUGCAAUCUACAGUGCUGCUGGAUCCUCCCUCCUCUGCCUCUGAAUCUUUCCUGCAGGAAGGGGAUCGUCACUCCCAGGUCCCUAUCCAAGAAAGCUCAGAUGCACAGCUGUGCUGCUAUCCACGGGCAUGGCGCCCCGUGAGCAUGCAGCAAGCGGGCUGCUUGCUCAGCCCCACCUCCGCCCUUCUCUGCUGUUGCGAGGUUAAAGCCUUUCUCACAUUAAGAACCAGGCUGUCUCUGCUUCCAGCUCAAGCCUCCCUCCCCACACUCUUCCCAUCCACUGUCUCCUCUUUUUGGCUUGUGCACUUGUGUUACUGCCUCCAGCAACUGGCCUCAAUUUGUCUUCUCCCAUUGCCUACCCUUCUCUCCUCAACUCAGUCCUGAGUAGCAGAGCUUUGGGGAUGCCACUGGGGAAGCUGCCACUGCCCUUGCCUCUCAAAUUCCAAAGAUUGUGAGCUUCAUCUCCUUCCACACAGAUGUGCACUAAGCUGCUUCUUCCCCUGUGCACCUUUAGUGACCACCGUUCCCUUAAAGUCGUUAUAGUUCACACUGGCAUUUUAAAAAACAGCUAAAACUGCUCCAGUCACAUAACUUAGAAAACUCAACCCCAACUUAAGAGUCAGCUUCAGACUUUCAGUGCCCUUUUGAGAGAGGAUAGAUAUAUGAUCACUGGCUGUUUCCUAAGCUUCUGCAGAACAGAAAGAGUUGCUCACUCCACCCUGAAAAUCAGGUUCCUUAAAGUUAAGAGUCUAGUAAGGGCCCAGAGCAGCCCUCUGGACCCACAGGGGCUUGGAAGCAGGCAGUUUGUUUCUGGUUUGGAAGCCCCUUGGAAGCCCCAGGUUGCUUUGAUAUGGCAAUUUUAUUAAAAUGUCCAUUGCAGAGGAAGCCAAGCUGAGGAAACUAAAGAGAGGGACAUUAAAAAAAAUAAAUGCAAUAAAUGAGAAAUGAAGAGAAACCAAUUCUCAGAGAUGAUUCUUCAUUGUUCCCACCCCUUUCCAUGGCCAAUGGGAGGAUGGCUUUGGGCUGACAGCGGCAUAGCUGGUGUGGCUAGAACAACCCAAGCAAAGAUCAUCUGAAAUAGUAACACAUCACAGGAGAAAGCAAAGCAAAAUGAAACAAAAGCAAGGGUAUGAGGCCAUUUUAGUUAACCUCAGAAAGAAAGCUGUUGUCUUGCCCAGCGAGAAAUUUGAAUGGAACCACCCUUGCGAUUCAAUUCCAUGUCCAAUAAUUCUGUUGAUAAAUUCCUCCUGAAGACUCACUUAAAUUCCUCGUCAUAAGAGGAGGCACUAUUUUCCACAGUACUGGGGAUUGAACCCAGGGCCUUGCUACUGAGCUAUAUCCCAACCUCUUUUUUAAAAUGUUUUAUUCUGAAACAGGGUUGUGCCAAGUCAGUAAGUUGUCCAGGCUCAGCACCCUUCUGACACAGCCUCCUACAGUGCUAGCAUAGCAGGCUCAUGUCAACACACAGCUCCGUGUAAACUUUUGUAACAUAAGAUGUACCAUAAUUUACCAUCACUUAUUUUUCUUUUGUAAGUAGGCAAACAGAAAAGCUCGGCCAGCAGUGUUGUCCUUGUCUUAGCUGCCCCGCAGAACCAUGGCAGCUCCCAGGGGCCCCUCUCUAUCCACAGCCCUUUUAGCUCUCCUCCUACCAUAUGAAUCAGAACAUCUCUGUUCUACACAGGUCCUUCCGAACAUAACAAAUCUCCUUAUAAAGCAUAACCAGGGCACACUGAUAUCAUCCAAGGUAGCUUCCUCUUAGGUGUCUGGGCUAUCACUCAUUUCUUCUCAAAUUUUCAUUUUAACUUCACUUUAUCAUGACACUCCUUAAUAAAUGAAUUUGUUGUCAGUAGUGAAGAUCAUUUCUGAUCAUUUCUUUCCCCUUCCCUCUAUCUGAAAGAAUGUCCUAAAAGCACAUUGUAGAAAGCCUAGAAAGAGUUGUCUUUAUUUUAGAGUCACCAGUUGGAGGGAUUUGUUUCAAUCAUAAAUGAAAACUUGUAAGAUUCCUAAGUUUGCAGCUGAAUAAGAACCUUUGUUUUUGAUACCAUAUGACAGAACUUCGGCACUGUCUUUUAGGGAAGUAACCAAGCCUAGAAUUCUCCAGAAACAAUGGCCAGUGCAUUUUAGAAUCAACCCACAGAGUGAAGGUAGAAACCUUGCUUUGUCUUCUUUAUCUAGUAUCUCUUUCUUGUCACUACCGCCAACACAGCCAUAGCACUUCCUCCUACUGAGUCCCUCAUCACUUCCAGAUAGAUCUUUGCACAGUUGUCCUUUCUCUAAGACUGAAAAGCUUCCCUACUUGCAAGGCCCAGCUCUCCUACACUCUUGGGCUUCCCAUACUCCAGUCUAGUGCGAACCCAGAAAUCUCAGCAAUGUUGGCCAUCAACCAGUGUUUGAAUAAUCAAUGACCGAUCAUAAUUUUGAGCUAAGAUUUUUCUUUUAAUUUUUCACAAAGAGCUCCAAAAGGCAAAUUCUUGAUCAAUUUUAAGCCCUGAAAUAGCACAGCAAGAUGGAUAAAGCAGGAUGUGGGCCUUCAGCUCCUGAUCACCAGGAUUCUUGCAGGAGACCCCAGGGAACCCAAAGCAAGGCCCAUGUGCAGGUCUUCUUCAAACUGUAAGUGCUCACGCCACCCACAAGGGCACCAGCACUGCUAAAGUCAGACUUGUCCAGAAGAUCCCUCCUGGAUCCUCAAGGGGAUCCAGACAGGUUUAACGUCGGAGGCAGAGAGAGCAGGUGCCAGGACUAGGAGCAGAGUCUCUGUGCUGAUGCCUCAUGUGGAACCACGCAGGUCAGGUGUCCUAGUUUAAGGCCAGAAUGAAGACAGGACAAAUAAAAAGGUCAAAGAACCUUUGGACUGCUGAUGAGAUGAUUUUGUAAAGGAAAUACCAGCUCUGCAGUUUACAAAGUUCGAACAUUGGGAAGUAGACCUGAGUAGGGGAGAGCAAAGCAUGGGCAGAUGAGCCAAGAGCUUCAUUCACAGUAGAACAAUUCUAGUCUAGAACUCCAGAAAUUAAAUCCAAUGUAUUUAAGGAAUGACAAUUCUUAAAACUCGUCAGACCAGCUGACGGGGGUAGUGGGGGAAAGGGCAAAAGUUCUCUACUAAACAAAGCACAAAAAUCAACUCAAUCUUCCUCUACUUCCAACACCCUAGCCACUUGUCACCCCAUAAAAAAAUAAUUAAAACCAAGCACACUAACACACACUCAAAUACGCAGACAAAAUACCCAAUACCCAACAAAACCUUAGGAACCACCUAAAGGUUUUUCACUAGCUUCCCAGGUGCUCUUCCUGUUUUUCUAGAAGAGUCAGGCUCUGACAGUUCUGUCCAAGCAGUAAAAACUGGAGUUGGGCAAUGCCCCUUUUCUCAGUUUCCUGGCUUAUUAGUCAGUGGAGAAAAAUAACAACAAUGAAUCAGGAAGAAAGGUGAUGGUUGAGACGAACCAUUGGGAGAUAUCCUAGGACGCCAGAGAGGGGAUCUGGAUAUGAUCGCAUAGUCCAACCCUGGAUUUUACAUCAAGUCAGUCUAUGAAUAAAGCAGAAAGGAAUUUCAGGGGACAUCUUCUAAGAAAUGGUGUCUGCCUAGGAUUUUGGCUCCAAAAACUUACUUUCCUGAUUGUUAGCUUAAAUCUGUGCUCCAUCAUUUCUACUGGCCAAAAUCUCUCUCCUUAAGUGCAGAGUAAUUUGUUUUUGAAUGGUUAGGAUCCCCAGACAGGCCUCCUUGCAUGAGCCAGGCUGGGAAAUUCAGGAGACUCAGAUGGUGGAACAAAUGUGUUGAUACUGGUCCCUCCCUGGGCUGCAAGGAAAGCUUGCAACAUCUGUUUCUCUGCCUCAUCCUUCCAACAAUGCUUCCCCCACGUUUUGUAAAAUAAAUAAUUUGAAAUAUAAUGAACAACCAGGGAAGGGAAGCUGCUGGCCUGCAAAUGUACUCUAUUAAGAGGAACUCAUAAAACUCACACCUGCAGCUUGUUCCCAGACUAAGGCAUAGAGCAGAAGGUGUGGGGUGCUGUAGUAGCCUGUGAACCCCAGGUCAGGGCAGGACUCCCCCUGCCUGUACCCUGCAUAUAUUAUAUUUAUCCUUAUAAAUACAGCAUCCUGGCUCAAGAGGCCACAGUAAAAGGGCCACAGGUUGAGUCCUUUCUUCCUUCAAAUAUCUAUCCAAGCCCCUCAAUAUCUACCUACCAUAGUUUAGUCACAUGGAAAACUGGACAUGUCUUUAUAAGUGCCCAGUUGCCAUGACAGUCAAGGGCUACAUCUUAGUCAGAUCCCAUUACCAUCUCUAUCGGGCAAUGAGGCUGACAAUAAAAAAAA